AAGGCUCCGGCAACCACAGCCGUCGGGUCGCGGAGGCUUUCGCUUUGCCGCCGCGUCUGAGUGGUAGGAGGAGCGGACUGAGCAGCAGGCUCUCGGGACUGCAGGCUUCGGAGGCGCCGAGGGGCGCUCCUAGUGCAGCCUUCCCGGCUCCGGACUUCUCUGCGGAGGCGCCCGUGUCCCCGGGCACCUCGCCUCGGCCCCCAGCGGCCCCGAUGCCGAGGCAUGGAUAGAGCGGCGUUGCGCGCAGCAGCGAUGGGCGAGAAAAAGGAGGGCGGCGGCGGGGGCGCCUCGGCGGCCGCGGACGGGGGCGCAGGGGCCGCCGCCAGCCGGGCGCUGCAGCAGUGCGGCCAGCUGCAGAAGCUCAUCGAUAUCUCCAUCGGCAGUCUGCGCGGGCUGCGCACCAAGUGCUCAGUGUCCAACGACCUCACGCAGCAGGAGAUCCGGACACUAGAGGCAAAGCUGGUGCGGUACAUCUGUAAGCAGCGGCAGAGCAAGCUGAGCGUGACCCCAAGCGACAGGACCGCCGAGCUCAACAGCUACCCGCGCUUCAGUGACUGGCUGUACAUCUUCAAUGUGAGGCCUGAGGUGGUACAGGAGAUCCCCCAAGAGCUCACACUGGAUGCCCUGCUGGAGAUGGACGAGGCCAAAGCCAAGGAGAUGCUGCGGCGAUGGGGGGCCAGCGCUGAGGAGUGCAGCCGUCUACAGCAAGCCCUCACCUGCCUUCGGAAGGUGACUGGCCUGGGAGGGGAGCACAAAGAGGACUCUGGUUGGAGUUCAGCAGAAGCACGAGAAAGUAGCUCUGGGCCUUCAGUGGACAUGCUCUCCUCGCUGGGCAGAGCGGGUGCCAGCUCUCAAGGACCCCGUUCCAUCUCCGUGUCUGCCCUGCCUGCCUCAGACUCUCCAGUCCCCGGCCUCAGUGAGGGCCUCUCGGACACCUGUAUCCCCUUGCACACCAGUGGCCGGCUGACCCCCCGGGCCCUGCACAGCUUCAUCACACCCCCUACCACACCCCAGCUACGACGGCACGCCAAGCUGAAGCCACCAAGGACACCCCCGCCGCCAAGCCGCAAGGUCUUCCAGCUGCUCCCCAGCUUCCCCACACUCACACGGAGCAAGUCCCACGAGUCCCAGCUGGGAAACCGAAUCGAUGAAGUUGCCCCGAUGAGGUUUGAACUUCCUCAUGGAUCCCCACAGCUGGUACGAAGGGACAUCGGGCUCCCAGUGACACACAGGUUCUCCACAAAGUCAUGGUUGUCGCAGGUCUGCAAUGUGUGCCAGAAGAGCAUGAUGUUCGGCGUGAAGUGCAAGCAUUGCAGGUUAAAGUGUCAUAAUAAGUGCACAAAGGAAGCCCCCGCCUGCAGGAUAUCCUUCCUCCCACUAGCCAGGCUUCGGAGGACAGAGUCUGUCCCCUCAGAUAUCAACAACCCAGUGGACCGAGCGGCAGAGCCCCAUUUUGGAACCCUGCCCAAGGCCCUAACCAAGAAGGAGCACCCUCCAGCCAUGAACCUGGACUCCAGCAGCAACCCAUCCUCCACCACGUCCUCCACACCGUCAUCGCCGGCGCCUUUCCUGACCUCAUCUAACCCCUCCAGUGCCACCACACCCCCCAACCCAUCACCUGGCCAGCGGGACAGCAGGUUCAACUUCCCAGCUGCCUACUUCAUUCAUCAUAGACAGCAGUUUAUCUUCCCAGUGCCGCCUGCUGGUUGUCGCUGGAACUACCUCCUCGCUGCAGAAAGUUUGAAGGAAAAACUUUCAGACAUUUCAGCCUGUCCUCAGGCAGCCCCGUUGUCCAGCACAGCCGACAGUACGCGGCUCGACGACCAGCCCAAAACAGAUGUGCUGGGUGUUCCCGAAGCAGAGGCUGAGGAGCCUGAGGCUGGCAAGUCAGAGGCAGAAGAUGAUGAGGACGAGAUUGAUGACCUCCCCAGCUCCCGUCGGCACUGGCGGGGCCCCAUCUCUCGGAAAGCCAGCCAGACCAGCGUGUACCUGCAAGAGUGGGAUAUCCCCUUUGAACAAGUGGAACUGGGCGAGCCCAUUGGGCAGGGCCGUUGGGGCCGUGUGCACCGAGGCCGUUGGCAUGGCGAGGUGGCCAUUCGGCUGCUGGAGAUGGACGGCCACAACCAGGACCACCUGAAGCUGUUCAAGAAAGAGGUGAUGAACUACCGGCAGACCCGGCAUGAGAAUGUGGUGCUCUUCAUGGGGGCCUGCAUGAACCCACCCCACCUGGCCAUUAUUACCAGCUUCUGCAAGGGGCGGACAUUGCAUUCAUUUGUGAGGGACCCCAAGACGUCUCUGGAUAUCAACAAGACCAGGCAGAUCGCCCAGGAGAUCAUCAAGGGCAUGGGGUAUCUUCAUGCAAAAGGCAUCGUGCACAAGGACCUCAAGUCCAAGAAUGUCUUCUAUGACAAUGGCAAAGUGGUCAUCACAGACUUCGGGCUGUUUGGGAUCUCGGGCGUGGUCCGAGAGGAACGGCGAGAGAACCAACUGAAACUGUCACACGACUGGCUGUGCUACCUGGCCCCCGAGAUUGUACGGGAAAUGAUACCCGGAAGGGACGAGGACCAGCUGCCCUUCUCCAAAGCCGCCGAUGUCUAUGCGUUUGGGACGGUGUGGUAUGAACUGCAGGCAAGAGACUGGCCCUUUAAGCACCAACCUGCCGAGGCCUUGAUCUGGCAGAUUGGAAGUGGGGAAGGAGUAAAGCGCGUCCUGGCGUCCGUCAGUCUGGGGAAGGAAGUCGGAGAGAUCCUGUCUGCCUGCUGGGCUUUCGACCUGCAGGAAAGACCCAGCUUCAGCCUGCUGAUGGACAUGCUGGAGAAGCUACCCAAGUUGAACCGGCGGCUCUCCCACCCUGGGCACUUUUGGAAGUCGGCUGAUGCUAACAGCAGCAAAGUCAUGCCCCGCUUUGAAAGGUUUGGCCUGGGGACCCUGGAGUCCAGUAAUCCAAAGAUGUAGCCAGCCAUGCACGUUCAUGCAGACAGCGUCUUCCUUUCUGAAACAUGAUGACGAGACAUGCAAACCACCACAAGGAAUCAGAAACAUUGCAUCCCAGGCUGCGGACUAGGAGCGUGACUCCUCCAUGAAGAACGCGCAUCACCGUGUGUGGAGCUCGGGAUUGCAGCCGUCCACGCGACCCCAGAUGAUACCGCCACAGCCAGUGUUUACACAGAGGUUUCUGCCCAGCAAGCUUGGUAUUUUACAGUACGUAAGGAUAAUUCUGCAGAAGGGUGCUGGCACUGUGGAGCAGCAGCAGUGCCUCCCCUCCCCCUUCCGGAGGGGCCCAGGGCUGAGCCAGAUGGAAGAAGAAAAGCAAAAGGCAGCAUAAAUGUGGCCGUUCUGG